AUGUCUUCAACAACUUUCAACAUCACCACUACAAAGCAAAAGCUAACAAGAAAACUCAAUAUCCUUCAAAAACUAAUCGAAGAUUCAAACCAAUACAGACCAGAGUGGGAGUUUCCCAGUGACAACUCCGAACUAAAACUCUUCGUCUUAACAAACCAAAUAUCAUUGACUAAGUUGAGACAACAAUUGGACGAACAAACAGAGCAAACUUGGACACUCUACGAAUCCAGUAUCCAAGCAAUAGCAACCAUGGAGGAAGAUAAGACACUGGAAGAAACUUUUAACGAUUACUGGGAAGAAAAACAAGGAGACAAAACAAUAUCCAUUGCAACACUAUUAUCCCAACAACUGUACAAGAGGCUAAUAGAACUCGAAUGUCAAGCAGCCGCCUUUGAUCUUUCACAAACCAAUUCAGUAAACCAAGGCAACAAUAACUCCAAAGAAACAAACCAAGAGUCUCUCAUUCAACUAUUUAAUUCCUUAAUGAUUGACCAAGAAUUAUUCAUUGGCGACAUAAAGCUACCGGAAUUCCAUGGCAAUCCCUCGGAAUUCGGUCCAUUUUGGGAACUCUUUCAAGAACUGGUUCAUAAACAACCCUUUUCUAACAUACGGAAACUUUCAAUUCUCCUGAGCUGCUGCAAAGGAGAUGCGGCAAGAUGUCUACAAAUGAUUCCUCGGACCGCAGACUCAUAUGAAAAGGCAAUAGAACAAUUGAAAGAUCAAUACGAAGACCCAAGGCGAAUAACCAUACAAAUGAUUCGUCAACUUACAUCCAUGAAACCAUGCAAUAACGACCCACGUUCCCUGCGCAAUAAUCUUAAUGACAUUAAAGCCAUUAUAGCUACACUACAAAAGCAAGGAGAAAUGGUGGAUAACUCUUAUAUGGUUACUCUGGUAACCGAAACAUUCUCAAAACCAAUUCAAGAGGAAAUAGCUAGCAAACAGUUCGAUAGUGGAUGCCAAUGGACAAUGGAAGACCUUCUAGUAAACCUAACGACUAUUAUCAAACGUAGGGAAUUCAUCGAAAGUCGCAACGAAAACCCUAAUGAAGAACACUCGGUAUUCCACACACGCACCCGUGACCAAAGGGUGCCAUACUGCAUUGGGUGCGAACGUGCCCAUGCGUUCGAAAAUUGUGAUAAAUAUCGCACUAUCCCCCAAAUGAUUGGAAGACUCAAGUCACUAGGCGCCUGUUGGAAAUGUUUUGACUCACGCCACAAGACAAAAUACUGUCAUAUGCCAGACUGUGCCAACUGUGGCGGACACCAUAAUCCAAUCCUAUGCCAACGAGAAUCCGCCAAGUCACAGUCAACUUUCCAACCACCCUUUCAAGGUCAAUCAUCAAUACCAGACACUAGAGAACGUCGCUGGAAUCAUAGCACACUUCCUCACACUGUCAUGUGGAGGCACCAUAGACCUGAGAGAAACUCUCAAGAGGACAAUAAUAUGCAAAGACCGAAGCCGCUAUUUAAGACGCUCAUCACUUUUCCCACGAAGACGAAGACAAAACGUAACAAAAAGAAGUCUUACGUGAACUUCCAACUAAACCUUCCAUCCCAUCCCGACACCGAAGUAGAGUUCAUUGAUGGGAUAACAUCGAAUGCCAGACUAAUGGUGGUCCCACUAAAGAUACAAAAUAAAUACAUCAACAAGAGAGAGCAAGUUUACGCCCUUUUAGACUCGGCAUCAGAUCAAUCGUUCAUCUCUUCAUCAUUACUAGAAAGACUACACCUUAUACCUCGUUCGGAAAUCUCCAUUACAAUUAAUACAUUUGGAGGACAUGCCGAGAAGAAGCACGUAAAACGUGUCGAAGCUUUAUUACUGAACCUACAAGAACAACCCUUGGAAGUAACACUGCUUACAACCAAUACAAUAUCACACGCGAUCCCACUGUUAGAGCUCAAUGAGGAAGACAAGUUCUUCCUAAAAUGCAACUUUCCUAACCUCCAAGAAUACUGGCUGCACGACGCAACAACAGAAGUUGUUCCUGAUAUACUAUUGGGAAUGGACUACUUCAACAUCAUACUCCGAACAGGCGAACCUCUGGUGCAAUUACCUUCAGGACUCCACAUGACACCAACUUUCUUCGGUCAUAUUAUAUGUGGAGCACCACACAAUAAGAAUACCAAGAUGAAACUUCUAUCAAACAAGAUCAGCAAUGUAAACCAUACCAAAUGCACUAAUAUAAACCAUUCCCAAUGCACUUACAACCAAACUAACUUUGGCUAUUCCAAUCUACGGAAACUACCCAACGCUGUCAAUGAAGUGCUACAUACGAACGAUGAGCCAACAAAAGCCCCAUACUACAUGCCUCAUCAAGCUUCAAUAACGACUACUAGUACGACGACUAAUACCAAAAUUGUCCGUUUUUAUAAAAUGCCGAAACAACCAAGACUCAACGACUCUAUCCAUAAAAAGCCACCACUCUUGGCUAACUUACGUAACAUACUAUUGAAAGCAAAACUCAGUUCCAAGAUUAUGACAGCCGGAAUGCAAAAAGGUUCCCACUUGAAUUCCUUGCAAAGAUCAGAACGCGACUCAGUACAAUUUCUACGGCUCAUGCUUGCGAAACAACCACUAAUACCCAACAACAUGAAAACCUUUCGCUUCUGUCGUCUGCCCUUUAAUAUAAAAGCAUCGCCACUCUUACUCGGAAUCCCGAUCCACCAUAGACAAGAGCAAGAAAAGGAGCAAAACGAACCCAGUCUACCAGCCAGUCAGCUAACUCUAUGGAAAUACUGGCUUACAAUGGCACCAACAUUAACACCAAUCCAGGCCACAUGCCCUCUAAGCAGACACGGCCCACACUUACAGUUUCUGACAAGAGAAAUCAAUUGGCAGUCUCUGCAGCAAUCAGAACGAAUGCAAGUCUACGGAAUUGAAUACUGUAUUGAAAAACACGAACCAGACCACAAGAUAACCGCUCAACUUCCAUUUGAAGUUAAACUUCAUACAUUCCACUUCACAUUGGAAUCGGUAAUUAGAAAAGUAAUAGAAGCAAAAUACUGGGCGGCCCCCUCAAGCCGAAACCAUGACCAAAUGAAAUGUAAUUUCUGUAUAAAAGUUGGUCCAAAUCCAGAAUGCAGGAUAAGAAAAGCAAGUAACGUGACCACAAUAUCCAUCUACGCCAUUGUUCUGACGGCAUACAUUACAUCUAAUGGUCACUUGUAA